CCUCCACUGUCAGAGCCCAAACCUCUCUCGUUAACCAAAAAAGGCAGAACCUUUCUGGUUUGGCCACCCGCAUUCCGUGACAGUUCCUCGUCGUCUUCCUCUCCGCCUGCUCGCUUCCCCAACCCACUAACGCUUCCGCUGUGCCAGUUAGCUUGCGCCUCACCGGAUCGCACCAACCCUCUCCCGCUCGUCGGACGGCGAUGCAGGUCGGCGGCGGCGGCGGUGGCGGCGGAGGGGACUCGGCGGACUUGCGGGGUCGCCACCGGAUCCAGGCCGAGCUCAAGAAGCUCGAGCAGGAGGCGCGCUUCCUCGAGGAAGAACUUGAAGAGCUUGAGAAAGCAGAUAAGGUAUCAUCUGCACUGCAAGAGUACGUGUCACCUGCAGAAGAAAUGCUUCUAACGGCAAUGGAAAGGAAAGCUGACCCUCUACUUCCUGUAUCUACUGGACCUGUGAAUCAGUCCUGGGAUAGGUGGUUUGAAGGUCCACAAGAUCUGCGCAGAUGCAAAUGCUGGUUUUUGUGAUCCUGGGCAAUAAUAUUAAGAGAAACAACACAAGGCAAUUGUUGCUACGAUUCAAGUGUAUAUCGUUUUUGUCCCCCGCAGCAUAACCAGUAUCCAUUUGAGCCGAGGAUUAUCGAUUAUGAAUGACAUUCAAAGCUCCGUGUAAGAUGUGAUUGUGUGAAGGACUCAAGGAAUGACCUGAGAAAUGAGAACAGAGCUUUGGAAUUCGAAAGUGACAAGCUUUGUCCUAACAUGUUCUCUGUAGACUGAACUGAACUCUGUUGUUUGGCAAUCAGUUUGUUACUUUGUUUGGUCUUUACCCAACCGAAAUGGAACCGAAAUGCCUAACUUUUCUGUGAUCCGUGUACUACUUACUAGUAUUAACUUUUCAAAUUAUUCUAC